AUGACAGACACAACCAAGACCGGAUUAAUCGCAAGCACCCUGGUGUUUUCUACCACAUCCGCUACUUCUACCGCAGUUGGCCGACCCGGUAUCUCCACAAACGAAGAAGGUUCCGGAAUAUGUGCCUUCAACGUGGAAGACCUUAAUUCAGCCUUCGGCCCUGUGAUAUGGGCAAAUUGCUGUGUGAAACGGAACCCAGCACUGAACUGCCCACCUCAAACCCAAAGAUAUCCCAAAUGUCCUACUGGGUGGUAUAACUGCGGAGACCCAAAUAAUCACAAGGAGAUGUGUAGUAUGGCAACAGAUGGAUACACGGAUCAAAAGCCACUGAAUAAAAAGUGCUGUCCCAGAAAUUUCCAUUGCGGCAUCAGCUAUGAGAGCCCUUGCGAGCUCAUUCCAGGAACUACAAAUUCUACGGCCUUCCCACCGUUCAUCAACCCGGGGAGGGUUAUCACAAACUCCCUUUAUCUCGCCAAAGCUGACGUCUUUGCUGGUUGUAAUGACGCCUCUAAGAUAUCACCGACCGUGGUUGGUGGCUUAGUAGCCAUAUCAAUCCUCGUGCUCUGCGCUAUCUGUGCCUUAAUAAUGGUCUGUAUCCGACGGAGUCUCCUUCGAGACCCGCGUGCAUUGCAUUGGACACGCUAUUUCAACUUCUCCCGUUCGAAAAAGAAGUUCUAUGACCGACGGGGACCAAGUGUCCAAAAUCUACGGAUCACUGUCAUGAAGGAAUGUAAGGUCGAAGGCAAAAAUACCUCUGAGAAGAAUAAGAAUGCAGACGCCCCUACGAAAAGUUUUUUACCAGGAUUACCGCAUUUCCCAUUGAGUUCUUUAUGGGUGGAUAUUGGGGAGGCAGCGAGAAUGAGUAGAAUUGUGUCAAGAGAAGGUAGUAUUAGUGGCGAUAGGGUAGCUGAACCUGAAUCCUCGCCGUCGAUCAGCUCGCCGUUGGGAAGUCUGUUUAGUAGGGGAAGUUCCUCUUUGGGGAGUCCACCUUUGGGGAGUCCGCCUAUGGGGAGUCCGCAUAUGGAGAGCCCACCACUGGAGAGUCUCCCUCUAAGGAGUCCACUUCGUAGAGGAACCCCACCUAUGGAGAGUCCACUUGGUAGGGGAAGUCCGUUAGGGAUGGGGAGUCCGUUGAAGUAUUGA